UUCAACAAGUUUAGACCGGUCUCACAAAAGAAGAAAAAAAAAAAACUAAAAGUUUAAAAUACAAUAAAGAAAUAUUAAUCGUUAAGAAGUUUUAAAUAAACAACUAUUUGGGCGCCAAAAGCGCCAGGAUUCAAAAGAUGUGACAAAAUGAUGCGCUCAAAAACGUAAACAAAAGUGAAGAAAAUAGCUUGAACACAACUUGGAUUUUUCUGGAUCUGACGAAAGAAUCAAAACAGCUUUUUACUAAUAAAGCAUCAAGAUGCAAGCGAAUUUGCAACCGACAAAAUAUGUCGGCCUCGUGGCUGACCUUAUGCCCAACAUCAGGCUGAUGAAGUACUCGGGCCUGUUUAUGCACGCAUUCACUGGAGGUUCCGCUUUGCUGAAGAACAUCUAUUCGUCCAUACACUUGGUAUUGAUACUGGUGCAGUUCGCCUUGAUUCUGGUCAACAUGGCUCUUAAUGCCGACGAGGUCAACGAAUUGUCUGGUAAUACAAUUACGGCAUUAUUCUUUACACAUAGCAUUACGAAAUUCAUUUACCUGGCGGUGAAUCAGAAGAACUUUUACAGGACACUGAAUAUCUGGAACCAGCCAAAUUCCCACCCACUGUUUGCAGAGUCCGACGCCCGCUAUCAUUCAAUCGCCUUAGCCAAGAUGAGGAAAUUAUUCUUUUUGGUAAUGCUGACCACGGUGGCAUCAGCUGUCGCCUGGAUAACCAUCACCUUCUUUGGCGAAAGUGUCAAGUUCGCCAAUGACAAGGAGACAAACUCAACCAUUACUGUGCCCAUUCCUCGAUUGCCCAUUAAAUCGUUUUAUCCUUGGGAUGCCAGCCAGGGCAUGUUCUACAUGAUCUCAUUCGGCUAUCAGGUCUACUACCUGCUCUUUUCGAUGGUCCAUUCGAACUUGUGUGAUGUUCUUUUCUGCUCCUGGCUGAUUUUCGCCUGUGAACAGUUGCAGCAUUUGAAGGGCAUAAUGAAACCUCUGAUGGAGCUGUCCGCCUCGUUGGAUACAUAUCGACCUAAUUCGGCCGCCCUGUUCCGUUCGCUAUCCGCCAACUCAAAGUCGGAGUUAAUCAACAACGAAGAAAAAGAGCCAGUCAAUGACCUAGAUAUGUCCGGCAUCUACAACACAAAGGCUGAUUGGGGUGCACAAUUCCGUGCUCCAUCCACCUUGCAAACAUUCAAUGGCAUCAAUGGCACCAACCCAAAUGGUCUGACAAAGAAACAGGAAAUGAUGGUGCGAAGCGCCAUCAAAUAUUGGGUCGAAAGGCAUAAGCAUGUUGUCAGAUUGGUGGCCGCCAUCGGUGAUACAUAUGGCGCCGCCCUGCUGCUACACAUGUUGACAUCGACCAUUAAAUUAACGCUGUUGGCGUACCAGGCAACCAAAAUUACGGGAGUCAAUGUUUACGCUUUCACUGUGAUCGGCUACUUGGGCUAUGCCUUGGCCCAAGUGUUCCAUUUCUGUAUUUUUGGCAAUCGUUUAAUUGAAGAGAGCUCAUCGGUCAUGGAAGCUGCGUAUUCCUGUCACUGGUACGAUGGCUCAGAGGAGGCCAAAACGUUUGUGCAAAUCGUCUGUCAACAAUGCCAAAAGGCCAUGUCGAUUUCGGGUGCAAAAUUCUUUACAGUUUCAUUGGAUUUGUUUGCUUCGGUACUUGGUGCAGUUGUCACCUACUUCAUGGUGUUGGUGCAGCUCAAGUAAGGACAUCAUGGUGUUUCUCAUCGACACCAUCAGCAGCAGCUACAAGAAAAACGAGCAACCAACCAAACAAACCACUGCAAUCAUCUCUGAAUUCGGGAAAAAAAAAACCCUGCUGUCUACUGUAACAAUGAUAAAUCACACUGGCAGAAGGAUAUGUCUAAAAUUAAGAUAUUUUUACACAGUCACAUCUCGUACACAGGGAGGCAUAAGUAGGGAUAUAGUUUUAAACAACUUUAUUUUUUGUUUAUUUUAUUGUUGCACCUUAAGCUUUGGUAAAUAAAUACUCAAAGGAUAAAAAAAAAUAAAUGUUGCCUCACAUUUGUACUGCAGAGUACUAACCCAUACACUGACACAGCUCAUUGCAAUGCUAAGACUUCUAGCAUGAACUUUACUCUGGUGAGGCUGCUGCUGUCUUACAUGUGGAAUUGAUACCAUUGACAAUUAACAGAAGUUUAUUGCAAGUUUUUCAGCACGUUUCUUAGAGCAGCAACCACACAAAGGAGCUAUCCUAUACACUUCUGCAGACUACUGGUGUUCUCUCUGUCAUUCACAUAACUAUUGCCAUUAUCAUCACCAAUGGCUUGUUAGAGGAAUCUAUUAGUCUUAAAGUGGAGUUAGAUCAAACUUUGGAAACGAAAUUAAAAUGGAAAAUGAAGAGAUGCAAGGAAUUAAGAAGUCUAUCUGUUGCAUCCACAAUUACUAUUUACUUGUUUCGAAACUCAAAAGUGCAACAAAAACCAAUUCAACAUUAAACACGUAUUUUCAAUUUUGUAGAAAUGUAAGUGUAAUGGAUGCGACCCCUCAAGCCUUGCGUGAGGCACUUUAAAAAAGAACCCAUAACUCUUGAUUGCGUCGCAUGUAUGGAAUAUAAAAAAAGGUGUGCAAAAAGUUUUUUUUUGUUUUAAAUUUUAAUUGUUAGGUAUUUUUGUAUUUAUGAUGUAAUUUUUAAUCAAAUCAUGUUAACAUUCAAGAAAGUUUCCUUAAAAUGAAUUUCCAAAAUAAUGAUAUUUUGUUAUUUUUCAAGUUUCCUCCCUGUUAGGCGAAGAUCAUUCUCAUUUCAUAUCUCCUUCGAAAAGAGCUUAGUGAUCGAAGAAAUCUUUGCAAUGGAAAAGUAAUUACAGAAGAUACGAUUUUACCCACCAUGGUAUGACGCAUAGUAGACAGUAGUACUGUGGGAAUGAUCUUCGCCAUGGCAGGAAACACGGAAAAUUGGUGGAGCCUGUCCGGGUUUGCGACUCGGAGCAACAGCUAUUGACACAAUUUCUGAAAAGUGCACAGAUAUAUAGGCAUACCAUGGGAGUAAUUAUAGUUGUGUGGACAAAAAAUCCAUCACUUCAAUAUGCAUUGGAAAUAGAACAGCUAGAACACUCAAAAAAAUAAACCCAAUGGUUAAGUUAAAAUGAACUAAUUUUCAAUAAAAUUGAACUUCAAACAG